UGGAGCAGCUGCGAUGCAACGGAGUGCUGGAGGGCAUACGUAUCUGCCGCCAGGGCUUCCCUAGUCGUGUCCCGUUCCAGGAGUUCCGUUAGCGUUACGAGCUGCUCACGCCCAACCUGAUACGGAAGGGCUUGAUGGAGGGACGGCGGUCGGCUGUGAUGAUGCUGGAAGCACUGGAGCUGCACGAGGAUCAGUACCGCGUGGGUAACAGCAAGGUGUUCUUCCGCGCCGGUGUGCUAGCCAAGCUGGAGGAGGACAGGGAAAACAAGCUUAGUAUCAUCCUCACUGCCAUGCAGGCACGCAUCAGAGGAACUCUCAGCCGCAUUAACUAUCAGAAGUUAGUACAGCAGAGUGAGGCUAUUCACGUUGUGCAGAGGAACUGCAGAGCCUACCUCAUUCUGUGUCGCUGGCCAUGGUGGAGACUGUACACUAAGGUGAAGCCAUUGCUGAAUGUGACUCAUCAGGACGACGAGCUCCGCGCCAUCGAGGUCGAGCUGAAGACGGUCAAUGACAAACUGGCCCGGAGCGACCGGGACGUGGACAAUCUGCGUAACUUAGUGGAUACACUGACAAUGGAGAAGAGCAAACUCAAUGAACAACUCACCUCUGAACAGGACAUGCUUAACGAAGCUGAAGAGGCACGCUCAGAGUUGCUGCAGUGCUGCGGUAACCUGGAAGAGGCACUUCACGACACUGAGAUGCGUCUGGACGAGGAAGAGGACCGCAGCAAGGACCUGUCUGCAGAGCAGAAGAAGCUGCAGGAAAAGAUCACCGUCAUGGAAGAACAGCUGGCAGAAGAGUCCGGAAAGGCCCAGAAGCUGGUGUUGGCGAAUGUUGCACUAGAAGCUAAGGUCAAGGGCCUGGAUGAGAUGACUGAACGCCAGGAAGACCAACUCAACAAGCUUCAAAAGGAGCGUAAGCAACUGGAAGAGCGGGUCAAGGAGACCACACAGGCGUUGGAUGACGAGAGUGAUCGCGUCAAGACCCUGGCCAAGUCCAAGGCUAAGAAUGAGACCAUGAUAGCUGACCUGGAGAGUCGCCUGGGCACCGAAGAAAAGAACCGCAAAGAGUUGGAGAAGCAGAAGAAGAAGGUGGAUGCUGAAGCACGUGAGCUGCAGGAGAAGCUGUUUGCAGCGCUGAUGAAGAUCCAAGAACUGGAGUCCACUGUUGCUCGCCUUGAAGGAGAGCUAUCCUCCACAAACCAGCGGCUUGAAGAGGAGAGUGCCGCCAAGGCGCAGCUGGAAAAGAAGCAUCGUGAGCUAGAAGGUCAGAUCGCCGACUUGAACGAAGAUUUGGACAUGGAACGUCCCGCCAGAGGAGACGCUGAUAAGAAGAGCAAGCAGCUGGAAUCGGAACUGGAGAAUCUUCAGAAUGAGCUUGAGGAGCAAGUGAGUGGCACGAUCGCCAUGGAGGAAGUGUGUCGCAAGCGUGAAGGAGAGGUAGCCAGUCUGAAACUGCAGGUGACGGAAGGCACUCGUAUGCACGAUGCCGCAUUGUCCGAGCUCAAGGAGAAGCUCAACUCUCAGAUCCAGCGUCUGCAGGAGGAGGCUGAUCAGCUGAGUCGAGCCAAUUCCAACCUGGAGAAGGAGAAGAAUCGCCUGGUGCAUGAGAACCGUGACCUGGUGUCCGAGUUGGAGAGCGAGAAGGCGGCUCGCAUUGAGUCCGACCGUCGUCGUCGUAACCUGGAACAGGCUAACAUGGAGUUGUCCAAUGUCAACAGUGAGAAGAACAGGAAACUGGACGAGCUCACUGCCACAAAGACCAAACUUCAGUCUGACCUUGAAGGUAGCAAUGCUCACUUGGUGGAUCUGGAGUCUAAGGUGUCUAGCCUGGAGCGCGGCAAGCAUGCGCUGGAAUCCCAGCUCAAUGAGCUCAGGGAGUCAACGAUGGAAGAUGCAGCUAGUCUCUCUGCUGUCACACACAAGCUAAAGGCCUCACGGGCUGAAGUAGUAACUCUCAAUGAUCAGCUGGAGGAGGAGCAAAAUGCCCGCGAAGAGAUGCAGAAGCAGUUGAGCAAUGCCAACACUCAGCUUGCUGAUACACGUCGGGAUCGUGACCAACUAUCCCUGGACAACGAGGAGCUGGAGAACUACCGCAAGAAGUCGCAGAGAGAAAUGGAGUCUCUGCAGACGCAGCAGGACGAACUGGCCAACGCCAACGCCAAGCUGGAGAAGACCAAGAAACGACUAACGGAAGAAGUUGCCGACCUCAGUGUGAACUUUGAAGCCCAGGCAGCCCGCGCCGCAGAGCUGGAGAAGAAACAGCGCAAGUUUGACCAGACGCUGACGGAUGAGCGGGCCAGAACGGAAGAGACUUGUGAGCAGAGGGACGCCGCACUGCGUGAGUCCAGAGAGUAUGCUACAAAGAACAUGGCAUUAACACAGGACGUGGAGAUGUUGACCAAUAAGCUGGCUGAGUCUGAGCGCUCACGCAAGUCACUGCUUGCUGAGCUCAAUGAUCAACUGGAGAACAAGGAUGACACUGGUAAAUUACUUCAUGAACUGGAGAAGGCCAAGCGUAACUUGGAAGCACAGCUUGAUGACCAGACGAUGCAACUGGAGGAGCUAGAGGAUGAGCUCCAGAGUGUGGAGGAUGCUAAGCUCAGACUGGAGGUCAACUUCCAGGCCACCAAGACCAACUGGGAGCGUGAGAUGGCGUCGAAGGAUGAAGUUGUGGAGGAGCAGCGCCGUGGAAUGCAGAAGCAGCUGCGUGAACUUGAGUCGGACUUGGAGGACGAACGCCGCAAUCGAUCAUCUGCUGUCGCCGCCAAGAAGAAGCUGGAAGGCGAGAUGAGAGAACUGGAGAAUGACAAGCUGCAGUUGGAGAAGGGCAAGGAGGAUGCAUCCAAACAAGUUAGACAACUUCAGGCUCAAAUGAAGGAGGUCUAUCAAGAGCUGGAGGAGUCCCGUACCGGCCGCGAUGCAGCACUGCAGCUGUCCCGUGAAGCCGAGAAGAAACUCAAGGUUCUAGAGUCGGAUGUCACACGCCUUACUGAGCUUGCUGAUACACGUCGGGAUCGUGACCAACUAUCCCUGGACAACGAGGAGCUGGAGAACUACCGCAAGAAGUCGCAGAGAGAAAUGGAGUCUCUGCAGACGCAGCAGGACGAACUGGCCAACGCCAACGCCAAGCUGGAGAAGACCAAGAAACGACUAACGGAAGAAGUUGCCGACCUCAGUGUGAACUUUGAAGCCCAGGCAGCCCGCGCCGCAGAGCUGGAGAAGAAACAGCGCAAGUUUGACCAGACGCUGACGGAUGAGCGGGCCAGAACGGAAGAGACUUGUGAGCAGAGGGACGCCGCACUGCGUGAGUCCAGAGAGUAUGCUACAAAGAACAUGGCAUUAACACAGGACGUGGAGAUGUUGACCAAUAAGCUGGCUGAGUCUGAGCGCUCACGCAAGUCACUGCUUGCUGAGCUCAAUGAUCAACUGGAGAAUAAGGAUGACACUGGUAAAUUACUUCAUGAACUGGAGAGGGCCAAGCGUAACUUGGAAGCGCAGCUUGAUGACCAGACGAUGCAACUGGAGGAGCUAGAGGAUGAGCUCCAGAGUGUGGAGGAUGCUAAGCUCAGACUGGAGGUCAACUUCCAGGCCACCAAGACCAACUGGGAGCGCGAGAUAGCGUCGAAGGAUGAAGUUGUGGCGGAGCAGCGCCGUGGAAUGCAGAAGCAGCUGCGUGAACUUGAGUCGGACUUGGAGGACGAACGCCGCAAUCGAUCAUCUGCUGUCGCCGCCAAGAAGAAGCUGGAAGGCGAGAUGAGAGAACUGGAGAAUGACAAGCUGCAGUUGGAGAAGGGCAAGGAGGAUGCAUCCAAACAAGUUAGACGACUUCAGGCUCAAAUGAAGGAGGUCUAUCACGAGCUGGAGGAGUCCCGUACCGGCCGCGAUGCAGCACUGCAGCUGUCCCGUGAAGCCGAGAAGAUACUCAAGGUUCUGGAGUCGGAUGUCACACCCCCUUACUGAG